AGAAGAUCCAUCUCGCCACUUUCAAAGAGCGACACUAGACCUAUUUUACGCAGUCUAUCCACUAGACUAGGCGUAUUGUCAACCCCUGCUGGAGCCAUUGUGUGAACAGCGCACUAUAAUACCAUGGACAGCAGAGGCUACGGUUCGGGUUACUCCAGUUGGGGAGGUGGAGGGUCAGGCAGCAGAGGUUCUGGUGGCUUUGACCUGUAUGGGGGAGGUUAUAAGGACUCAAUGUCUGGGCUCGGGGGCUAUGGAGGAGGAGGCCACAUGAAGAGAGGUCUCUCGGGAGCGUCCCUGCUCUCAUCUACAGGCACACAUGCGGAUGCAGUCAUUGCCAAGAUUAACCAGCGCCUGGACAUGCUUACUCAGUUGGAGGGGGGGUUGAAAGGGGCUCGGAGUGACAGGUAUGACCAGUACGAGUCAUUCGACUCACGAACCUCCGCUCUCACCUCCUCCCGAGAUCUCUACAGAUCUGGCGGCGGUAGCUAUGGUUAUGGCGAUGGUCGUGGGGACAACAUGCUGUUGGGUCAGCGAGGAGUCUCGGGCUUCGGAGGGGGAAUUGGGCUAGGGGGAGGAGGAGGCUUUGACAGCCCCUCCUCUUCCUAUGGAGUCGCAAAAAUGCGACAGAAUAUGAGGGAGUCCUUCAGCAGUGGCCAGGGAGGAGGUUCUGGAGGUGGAGGAUGGGCUGGAGCAGGCCGACGUUCCCCCAGAAGGGGUGGAAGUGCCGGGGGUCGAGGAGCUGGAGGGUUUGGAAGCCGCAGGUCUGACCCCACUCCAUUAGGCGGAGGUGGGCGGGGAAGUGGUAGUGGUGGCCAGUCCCACCGCGGCCACUCUCCAGGAGGUGGUAGAGGCAAGCUCCCAUCCCUCCUAUCCAACCGUAUGUACCCUGAGAGUGGUGGCUUCCAUCAGGGUUCCAUUCAAGGGCCUCACGACUUUCCUGGGAGGCAUUUUGGAGGGGGCCCACGGGCUGGCCGCCAGCGAGGCCGCAAAAGACCCCUCAACAAACAGGUGAAACCACAGCGUGAUGUCCAGAAAAAGAGAAAGCAGACACUUACUGCAGCUGAUGAGCCAGAGUCGAAGAUGAACAAGACAGAGAGUGCAGGGUCAGAAGCUAUCCAAGAGCAAGCAGAGAAAAAUGGUGACGACAGUGAACCAAAGACUGGAGCUGCGGAGACGAAACCUACUGCAGAUGGAGAUAAAGCUUCACCCAAACAGGACGAGAAGAGAAGUCCGCAGGGCAAACAGACCCCAGCUCCAGGUCAGGACAAGCACCCUAAAAUGAGGAAGAGGAGGGGCUUCCUGGAAAGGGUGAUGUUUGCAUGCUCUGUGUGCAAGUUUCGUUCGUUCUACAAGGAGGAAAUGGAAACUCAUCUUGAGAGUCGCUUCCACAAGGACCACUUUAAGUUCCUUUCCAGCCAGCUGUCCAAGCCCACUACAGACUUCCUACAGGAAUAUUUGCAGAACAAGUUUAAGAAGACAGACCAGAGGGUUGGCCAGUUGGAAAACCACAGUGCUGCCAUCUGUCAGGUGUACAAAGAGCAGGACCUCACCAGGGAUCUCGGUAUGGAGCACUUCAUGAGGAAGGUGGAAGCCGCCCACUGCGCAGCAUGUGACCUUUUUAUUCCCAUGCAGCCCCACCUGAUACAGAAACACAUCAAGUCUCCUGACCAUAACUACAACCGGAAGGGUAUGAUGGAGCAGUCCAAGAGGGCCAGUCUGUCAGUUGCUCGUAGCAUCCUUAACCACAAACUCAUUGGCAAGAAGCUGGAGAGCUACCUCAAGGGUGAAAACCCCUUCUCCGGUAACCAAGACGACCAGGAUCCAGAGGACUCCAUGGUGAUGGAUGUGUCUGAGCUGGAGUUAACCAGUGAGACAACAGACAGCCAGACAGAGGCGGCGCCAGUCAAGGAUGAGCCGGUGGCUGAGGGAGAGACGACUCAAGAGGCGGUCGAGGGUGAAGUAGUAGCAGCAGCAGCAGAGGAAGAGGAAAAGAUGGAGGAGGAGCUAGGAAUGGAGGGAGAUGAGGAGCAGGGGAACCAGGAAGAGGAGGAAGGUUUUGAAGUGGGUGAGGAGGAGGAGGAAGAGGAGGAGGGGUAUGUGGUGCACGAUGAGAUUGGCGAAGAGGGAUUACAGGGUGAGCUGGAAGAGGAGGAGGAGGAGGAAGGAGUAGAGGCAGCAGAGGUCGAAGAGGAAGAUAAGAAUGAUGAAUGACUUUUGCACCCUGUGUGUGACUUCUCGACCUUGACAUCUGUCCGGACCAGUCAAUGACCCCCAUAGUCCCAUUCAACCCAAUUUCAUUGCCAGGCAUAUUAAGAAAUUUACAUACCUGCUCCCACCAUUUUUCAUUGUCUAAUGACUCUGAGUUAUAUAAUUUAAUUUUCGUUACAGAAAUAGUUCCACAUUUUUGGGAAAUACUUAUUCACUUUUUUGCAGAGAGUUAGAUGACAAGAUUGUCCACAUAGUUACACCACGUAACUGUCUUAUGUAUGCCUACCAACUGUCUUUGGAGGUGUUAAUAGACUUAUUUUUGGACUUUGGAGAGAGCCAGGCUAGCAGUUUCCCCGUUUCUAGUCUUGAUGCUAAGCUAAUCACCUCCCUGCUCCAGGUUCAUACUUAACGCAGACAUUGGCAGCAUCGAUCUAUCUUCUCAUUUUUAAACUCAGCAAAAUGGCAAAAAAGUAUAUUUCCCAAAAUGUCAAACUAUUCCUCUUUUUCUUGUGCCUUUUGUUCAAGGUAUUCUUAAUUUAGAUUAAUUUGUUUAGAAUUGUUUAAGAAAUACUGAGUAUUGUAAAGUUGAGAGAUAUUGUGUACGUUUUUCUUAUCAGAGUUUACAUAAUGCCAUAGCAUUUUGUCCAUUGCCAGUGUUGAUGAUGGUGAAUGGAUGAUUUUCCAACCUUUUGGUAACAUCUAGAAUAGGGUGGGCUUUUUGUUCUACAGCUGGGGUGAUUUAGAUAAUUAAGGGGACUGUCUGUAGAAUAAGUAUGAAAUAUUUAGAAUGGAUAUCAGUCAUGUAAAACAACCUUGUUUCACUCUGAGUAAGAAAUAAACUUGUUGAAUAAA